AUAUUGACGUCGCUGUUGGUGGCGAUGAUGGGGCAGGCUCGGUACAUGUGCGUCAUCGGACGGUCCAGAGUGGUCCCCGCCUGGUUCGCCGAGGUCCAUCCCAAAACCUCCACUCCCCUCAACGCCUCCGCCUUUCUUGGGGUAUUCACCGCUGCCAUCGCUCUUUUCGCUGACCUCGAUGUUCUGCUCAACUUUGUAUGCAUUGGUACGCUCUUUGUCUUCUACAUGGUGGCCAACGCUGUUAUUUAUCGGCGUUAUGUCAUGGUAGGAAGGACAGAUCCACGACCGACGUUAUCAUUCCUCUGCUCAUUCUCACUCACUGCCAUCAUAUUCACUCUCUUGUGGCAUUUUGUAAGUCCAGGGAAGGCCAAAACCGCCUUACUCAGCGUCACUGCCUUCAUCGCCAUCGCUGUCUCGCUAAUCUUCCAUUGUGUGGUACCUCAGGCACGAAAGCCCGAAUUCUGGGGGGUCCCCUUAAUGCCAUGGAUACCCUGCGCAUCAAUCUUCCUUAACAUAUUCUUGUUGGGGUCUCUCGACGGUACAUCCUACAUACGAUUCGUGUUCUUUUCAAUCCUCACCGUACUGGUGUACGUGCUGUACAGCGUCCAUUCAAGCUCCGAUGCAGAAGGAGACGGCUCCCUGUGCAUAAAGAACCCCGGGGAGGUUCCAGAAUUAGAAAACAGCUUCAAAGUAUAGAAAUGUAAAAGUUAGUUUCUGUGGACUGUUUCUUUUACUUGACAAAUUAAUCUUUAUUGUAUAAAGGAAAAGAAAGUAGAGAAGAAAAAGGAAGUUCUGCAAAAGGGGAAAGAUGUAAAUAGUUUGGAAGCUGAAAUGGGCAGUGUUUUUAUUUGGA